AAGCGGGAGCGCGCGGGCGGGGGCGCGCCUGGGUCCCCGCGCCGAGAUCCCGGCCACGUCAGUGACUAUUAAUAUCGCCUCGCCGGCACCGGCCACCCCUGCCAUUGUACAUACACGCCUGCCUGCCUCCGGGAGCAAAGGAUCCAACCCAAGGAGGAAGAAGAGGAGCCUGCCUUUCUCUUUCUUUUUUUCUUUCUCCCCCCCCCCUCCAAAAAAAAAACAAAACAAACCCAGUGCAGGAGCAAUCGCAGCUCAGGGGAGGGGAAGCCGAGUGCCGGCACCUCGUUCGGCGGCGAGCUGCAGCCACCAGCGGGAAGGGGACGCGGCCGGGCGGCAGGGUUGGGGGUGCCCCCCCCGCCCCCCCGGUGCCGGCGCCCUGAGCGCCCAGGGAGGCCGGAGCCCACUGAGCUGCCCCGGGCUGGGCCGGCCACACUCGCCGCCUCCGGAGGAGGGGGACCUGGAGCUGGACCCAGGCAGCCGGAGAGACGGCAUGCGCCGGUGCUGACCCUGCCUGCGGCCCGGUCCGCUGGGCCAGCACCCAGCCCGCCCUCCCAGACCCCUGGGUCGGCACUCAACCCCCUGGGUCAGCACCCAGCUCUCCCGGCCCCCUGGGUCAGCACCCGGCUCUCCCGGCCCCCUGGGUCAGCACCCAGCUCUCCCGGCCCUCUGGGUCGGCACCCAGCCCUCUCGGCCCCCUGGGUCAGCACCCGGCUCUCCCGGCCCCCUGGGUCAGCACCCGGCUCUCCCGGCCCUCUGGGUCAGCACCCAGCUCUCCCAGCCCCCUGGGUCAGCACCCGGCUCUCCCGGCCCUCUGGGUCGGCACCCAGCCCUCUGGGCCCCCUGGGUCAGCACUCAGCCCGCCCAGCCCCCUGGAUUGGUACCCAGCUCUCCUGCCCAGCCCCCUGGGUCAGAGCCCAUCUGUCCUGGCACCCCUGGGUCAGCACCCGGCCCACCACCCCCUGGGUCGGCACCCAGCCCGCCGGCACCCGCAGCCUUUUGUCGGCAGCCCUGGCCGCUCCAAGUUAAAUGCGCCCUGGCUCUGCUUUCUUCUUUCUUUUUUGUCUGUUUAAUUUUUCCGAGAGCACUUGAGAACUUGGAAAAACCUCAGACGCCACCUACAGUCGGAGCGGAGGUAACUGCCGGGUCUGCCAGGCACCCCCUCUUCCACGCCCCCCACCCCCACCCUUCCCACCAAAAAAGGGGGCCACGCGGAUGCCGUCUGCCGGGCGGCGCGCGAGCCGGGAGCCCCGCGCUCCUUUCCUCCUCUCUCUUUUUGUUCGGUCCCCGCGGCAGUGAGAGCCGGGCUCCCUGCAGAUCCGGCGGAUCCUCGGCAGAUCCUGGCAGAUCCCCGAGGAUCCACGCAGAUCCCCGGCAGAUUCCCGCGGAUCCCCGUGGCUGUGAGAGCCGGGGACCCAGCAGAUCCACAGGAUCCCCGCGGACCGUACCGCCCAGGCAGCGCUUCUCCGCCCGCCGCGACUCGGAAGCCAGAGCCAGAGCCGGAGCCGGAGCCGGAGCGGGGAGCCCGGCUGCGCUACGACCCUCCUGCGGGGAGAGGAAGGCGCUCCACUACGCGGCAGAGGCAGAGUGCGGAGCCCUGCACCCGCUGGUCACCUCGGGGUAACAAGAGUGCGGAGCCCUGCACCCGCUGACCAUCUCUGGGGUAACAGAGUGUGGAGCCCUGCACCCGCUGGCCAUCUCUGGGUCACAGAAUUGUGGAGCCCCUGCACCCGCUGGUCAUCUUUGGGGUAACAGAGUGUGGAGCCCUGCAUCAGCUGGUCAUCUUUGGGGUCACAGAAGUGUGGAGCCCUACAUCCUGCUAGUCAUCUUGGGGUAACAGAGUGUGGAGCCCUGCAUCAGCUGGUCAUCUUUGGGGUCACAUAAUUGUGGAGCCCUACAUCCUGCUAGUCAUCUUGGGGUAACAGAAGUGUGGAGCCCUGCACCCGCUGGUCAUCUUGGGGUAACAGAGUUGUGGAGCCCUGCAUCUUGCUGGCCACCUCGGGGUAACAAAGGCCCUGACUUGCUGGACCGAGCUCCCUGGCUUCGGGGGUCUCCUCUCUGUCCCCCGCCCCCGCGGGGACCCCUUCCUCCCCCAUCCUAAGUGGAGCCACUGCCUCGAGGUGCCAGCAGCCUCUCACUUCUCCAGCGGCUGUCUGUCUGUCAGUCCUUCUGUCUGUGGGCGCUGUGCGACCCCCACUCAUGAACAUACACAGGUCCACCCCCAUCACAAUAACAAGGUAUGGGAGAGCGCGGAACAAAACCCAGGAUUUCGAAGACUUGUCUUCCGUGAGGUCCGCGGAGCCCAGCCCGAGUUUUAGCCCGAACCUCGGCUCCCCGAGCCCGCCAGAGACCCCUAACUUGUCGCACUGCGUCUCCUGCGUUGGGGGGUACCUGCUGCUGGAGCCCCUGGAGGGGGACCGCGUGCUGCGUGCCGCGCACCUGCACAGCGGAGAGGAGCUGGUGUGCAAGGUGUUUGAUAUCAGCUGCUAUCAGGAGUCCCUGGCCCCAUGUUUUUGCCUGUCUGCCCACAGCAAUAUCAACCAGAUCACGGAAAUCAUCCUGGGGGAGACCAAAGCCUACGUGUUCUUUGAGCGCAGCUAUGGGGAUAUGCACUCCUUUGUCCGCACCUGCAAAAAGCUGAGGGAGGAGGAGGCGGCCAGACUGUUUUACCAGAUCGCCUCCGCCGUGGCCCACUGCCAUGAUGGGGGGCUGGUGCUCAGGGACCUCAAGUUGCGGAAGUUCAUCUUCAAGGACGAGGAAAGGACUCGGGUCAAGCUAGAGAGCCUGGAAGAUGCUUACAUUCUACGGGGGGAUGAUGACUCCCUCUCAGACAAGCAUGGCUGCCCGGCUUAUGUGAGCCCAGAGAUCUUGAAUACCAGUGGCAGCUACUCGGGCAAGGCAGCCGAUGUGUGGAGCCUAGGAGUGAUGCUGUACACCAUGUUGGUGGGGCGCUACCCUUUCCAUGACAUUGAGCCCAGCUCCCUCUUUAGCAAGAUCCGGCGUGGCCAGUUCAGCAUUCCAGAGACUCUGUCGCCCAAGGCCAAGUGCCUCAUCCGAAGCAUCCUGCGACGGGAGCCUUCGGAGAGGCUGACCUCCCAGGAGAUUCUGGACCACCCUUGGUUUACGACAGAUUUUAAUGUCUCGACUUCAGGCUGUGGUGCUAAAGAGGUGUCUGACCAGCUGGUGCCAGAUGUCAACAUGGAGGAGAAUUUGGAUCCUUUCUUUAACUGAGUUCAAGCUCCCACAGAUACUGAGCAGGUACCAGGAGCGAAAGAGGGCAGAGGAAGGGAGCUCUUCCAGGAAACACACCAUCUCCUGGACAGGGAGCAUAGAAGACACUCACACUCACCAUGUUUUUUGGUUUCAAAGAAGGAACACCUUCAAGGAGCUGACUGAACUUGUAGCAUGGGGCAGGAGAUAGGGGCCAGGGGUCAACCUGGGGCCAGGUCAUCUGGGUGGGACAAGCUACCACCACAUGUUUCCUGUUCCCCAGUGGAGUCUUGGGGAUGCCCCUGCCAGCUGGGCCACGUCUACCAUUCCCACUUUUCAUUUUGUUCCCAAAUCAUUGUAGACCCCGACAGAAUCAAAACUGCCUCGGACAUACAUCUUGGCAUUGCACUGUUAGCAUUUAACUUCUUGUCAUGUUUCAGGGAAGGUACAAUUAGCCAAGGAUUUCUUUUUUUUUUCUUUCUUUCUUUCUUUUUUUUUUUUUUUUUUUUUAGAUUUUUGCUUUCCUUUUUCUUAAAAACAAAACAAGCCAACAACCUAUCUGACAACUAAUGAGAUUCACUUAAAAAACAAAAAAUUCCGGUGCACACAGACUGACAUGAAACCUGGGUGCUAAACUAAAAAGAAAAGUCCAGUUUGUGUCUCUUAAUCUCUCUUCUCAAAGUCAUUUCUUCUACAUCAACUAUUGAAUAUCCUGGUCAGGAAAUGACACAUUAAUGCUUUGCUCCCUCAAGGGGGGGGUGGGGUGGGAAGGAUCUGUCUGUCCUUCAGCAAGAUGUUCUGUUCUGUGUCAAUUGCUUUGUGGCAGGAAGCUGCUAGAAGUCAAACUUCCAGAUGCAUUACGGCUAUCAUAGCGUCGAGAAAGAGGGAACAAAAGGAAAAGAAAUUCAACUCCUUCCUUCUUUUUUUGUUUUAAAUAAUGAGGGCUGGUGGCUGGUGUCACUCUUUGCUGAGCUAAGCGCUAGCCUGUGAGAGAGCAGGAAGCUCUUGGACUGGGAGCUUUUGCAUGUCUCUGAUCUCAACUAAACAUUUGGUCUUUGUCUCAUUGGAAGCAAAUGAAACAGAGCAGAUUGUCCCACUUGUAUGAAAUACAGGGCAGCUACGCCAGUUUCCUCUACAAAGAAUCAUCCCUUGGGCAUGGAAGGCUCUCCUUGGAUGGAAGAAAAGAACAAAAACAAAACAAAAUCCUCAGUAGAGACAAGCAAGAAGGGUAAUAAGCUGAAAGCUAGGAUGAUAUAAAUAAAAACAGCUCUCUAUCCCAAUACGCACCUUUGUAUUUUCAAAAACUCCUCUAUUUAUUAAGGAAAAUGUCACAUUGUGAUGUAUUAAGCCAGUACUUCAAUUACGGGUUGACUUGGGAUGACAUGUUACAUGCUAUAGUUAACAUAUAUAUAUAUUUUUUUUUUUUCUUGUUUGAUUAUCACUGUCCCUGAAAUAACAAUUUAUUUGGCUUAUUAUUUUUUUUCUAGAUAGCUUUCUUUGGUUUUGAGUGGCAUUUUUUUUCCCAUUAUGUCUUUUCUAUUGCUGUAUGAUACAGGACUCCUCCGGCAUCAACCUUUGUGUUUUCAGUACCUCAGUUGUUUCAAUUUGACUGCCUGUAUGCGUCUCGUGAACUGGUUAUGUUUUUGGGGUAGGUGACACAUGGACUCUAGUGUAAAUGUUACUUGAAUCAGUGCUUCAUUAUUGUGCGUGGCAUGUAUGUGACAACCUUGGAUGCUUCAUGCCUGCCCUGCAGGCUCCACCCCCACGUGCCCAGGAGGGCGGCUCAAUCCUUCAUAGUCGGGAGACAGGUGGCCAUGGAUUUGCCCUGGAUUCUAUUUUGAUAAUGUCAGCUAUGACAGAGAGAGGCGUUUUACAAUCUGAAGAUGGUGCUGUGUCAAGAAGGACCUCUUUCUUCUUCUUUUUCUCCUCCUCCUCCUCCUCCUCCUCCUCCUCCUCCUCCUCCUCCUCCUCCUUCUUCUUCUUCCCAUCCCUCUAAUUUUUAGGGACCAGGAAGGAGGAAAGAUGGAUGUCAUAUGCAUGGCAGGAAUCUAUGGCCUCUGGUGCUUUGUUGUAUUUGGUUUAAUGUUUUUGUCCUAAUCUCUUCAGUCAAUAAAAUUGUGCGUAUUUAACUAAAA